CACCCAGCAGCACCCAGCAGACACACCAGUGUGCCAGUCGCCACAUGUGCCAUGUGCCUGCCUGUUUGUUUGGGGCAUCUAUAGCAAAACCGGUGCUGUGUUGCACUGGGGGGAUGAAGCUGUCAAAAUCUUGAGACGUACAAAACCAUUGAUCGACACGUCCUUGACAAAACAAGCCGGUCCACGGACCCGCGGCAUUAUGCACAAACGACGACACGGAGGCAGGCAGGAGACAGAAGGCCGAGUCACAAGGCAGCAUGGACAGCGGAGUUUCCUCCUCCUCCCGCACCACAAAAAAAGCAGCUUUUCUUAUACAGUAGACAUGGGUAAUGCUGUCGCUCUGAGGUAUGAGCGACAGCAACACCCACGUAACGUCAACCGAAUGGCAAAGCUGCUAAGCUCAGCUGCUCAAGGGCAGAGAAGGGAGAGACGAGGGCCACUCACCCACCCACCCACCCACUCACUGUACACAGAGCACCUCCACCUCGUCAGCCACGAAGUCAAAUGUGCCUCCCAGGUAGACACUCCCGCGCCCAUCCCUCACCCCCUGGUACCCCUCGGGCACCCACUGGGGCACAGUCAGCUGGCUGCACCGACGGAUGUCGGCAGCAGGGCCACCGCCACUGCCACUGCUGCCGCAGCCCAGCCAUAGGUGGCCACCGAUCCGCACACUCGCACCACUGGCAGCCCCCUCCCUCCCCGCCACCACCAGCAGCUGCCACUGGGGUGAUAUGUCGAUCUUGGUCGGCCUCUUGAAGUGGCCGGCCAGUGAGAACCACCAGACGUCACAGCGGUAGUAGUGGUAGCUGUCUGUCGGGUCGUCGGGCGGCUGGAGGCCGCCACUGAUGCAGCAGCCGAACACAUACGUCUUCUUGCGGAUGACGAACACCAGGCCCCUCCUGUCGCCCACACAAUGGAGCAGAUGGCCGUACGUCGAGCCAUGCGAAGAGGCCCUGCACCACACACAGACGGACACGCGGACAGUGAUGUCCUCAGAUGCGUGUGUGUGUCUGGAAAGCUGUGUACCUGUAGAUGAGUGUGAGUGUGAUAUCGCCGCCCAGCCACUGGGCGACGUGCGUCACAUACGAGAGGCCGAUGGAGCUGCCGCCCUUGGCCCAGGCACGCGCAGCACUGACAGACACACCAACACAGAGAGAAAGAUCUUCACACCCACCCGUACAUCAAUCUCUCGCGCCUUUGGCUGCAGGUAAGUGUAUCCUUUACCUGCAUAUCCCGCAGACACCGUCGUCGCGAAGGCUGGCGGGCUGGCGAUCCAUCAGCCGCCGGACACACUGACCGGACGGACACACAUGAGUGGCGUGAUGCCCUGGCGGUGUCGCACUCACCUUGGCACAGUACGAGUGACGCUUUCGUGUGCUGCAAAUGCUGCAGGACGGCGGCAGGGGCUCGGGAAGGCCACGUCUGAUGCUUCGGGCCAUGUUCAGCAUGCACCUGCCAUGGAAUUCGGCAUCUGACCCACACACGCACAAGCAAGCACACAACCACACACACCUCACAGAUGAGUUGUGUGUUCAUUCCGCCUUCAGCCACCGCAUGGUUUGCCUCCACUGCCCCGCGGUACGGCUGCAGGUGAGGAGGCCGCCACCGUUGUCGUCAUCAGAGAUAUGCAAGAUGCCCGUGACUCAUCGCCAUGGAAGGCUGUUCGGGCAAAGUCUCG